AUGGCGGUGGCCAGGAAGAUCAAAACUUUGCUGACGGUCAACAUCCUGGUGUUCGUGGGCAUCAUCCUCUUCUCCGCGUACUGCCGCCUGCAGGACCGCUCGGAGGGGCUGGUGCAGAUCGUGCGCAGCGCCGACCGCCGGGUGCGGAGCAGGCACGCCAAGGCGGGCGCGCUGGUGGACCGCGAAGCCAUCCUGCAGCGCCUGGACCACCUGGAGGAGGUGGUCUACAACCAGCUGAAUGGCCUUGCCAAGCCCAUCGGCCUGGUGGAGGGCCCCGGGGGCCUGGGCCAGGGCGGCAUGGCGGCCACCCUGCGGGAGGACAGCCGGGAGACGGAGAGCAAGUACGAGGAAUACGGGUACAACGCGCAGCUCAGCGACCGCAUCUCCCUGGACAGGACCAUCCCGGACUACAGGCCCAAAAAGUGCCGACAGGUAACCCAUGCCGCCGACCUGCCCCAGAUCUCCGUGGUCUUCAUCUUUGUCAAUGAGGCCCUCUCCGUCAUCCUGCGCUCCGUGCACAGCGUGGUCAACCGCACGCCCUCGCGGCUCCUCAAGGAGGUCAUCCUGGUGGACGACAACAGCGACAGUGUGGAGCUCAAAGCCAGCUUGGAUCAGUACGUCAACAGGCGGUACCCCGGCCUGGUGAAGAUCGUCCGCAACAACCGCAGGGAAGGCUUGAUCCGGGCGCGGCUGCAGGGCUGGAAAGUGGCCACGGCCCCCGUGGUCGGCUUCUUCGACGCCCAUGUGGAGUUCGGCACGGGCUGGGCUGAGCCCGUGCUCUCGCGGAUCCAGGAGGACCGCCGUCGCAUCGUGCUGCCGGCCAUCGACAACAUCAAGUACGACACGUUUGAGUUGCAGCAAUACGCCAGCGCGGCCCACGGCUACAACUGGGGCCUCUGGUGCAUGUACAUCAUCCCGCCCCAGGACUGGCUGGACCGCGGGGACGAGGCGGCGCCCAUCCGGACCCCCGCCAUGAUCGGCUGCUCAUUCGUGGUGGACCGGGAGUACUUUGGGGACAUUGGGCUGCUGGACCCGGGCAUGGAGGUGUACGGCGGCGAGAACAUCGAGCUGGGCAUGAGGGUGUGGCAGUGCGGCGGCAGCAUGGAGGUGCUGCCCUGCUCCCGCGUGGCCCACAUCGAGCGCACCAAGAAGCCCUACAACAACGACAUCGACUACUAUGCCAAGCGCAACGCCCUGCGGGCAGCCGAGGUGUGGAUGGACAGCUUCAAGUCCCACGUGUACAUGGCCUGGAACAUCCCCAUGACCAACCCAGGGGUGGACUUCGGGGACGUGUCCGAGCGGCUGGCCCUGCGCCAGCGGCUGAAAUGCCGCAGCUUCAAGUGGUACCUGGAGAACGUGUACCCGGAGAUGAGGACCUACAACGACACCCUCACGUACGGAGAGGUGAGAAACAGCAAAGCCAGCGGCUACUGCCUAGACCAGGGAGCAGAGGACGAUGACCGCGCCAUCCUCUAUCCUUGCCAUGGGAUGUCCUCCCAGCUGGUGCGGUACAGCACAGACGGGCUGCUGCAGCUGGGCCCCCUGGGCUCCACCGCCUUCCUGCCCGACUCCAAGUGUCUGGUGGAUGAGGGCAGGACCCGCGCACCCGCCCUGAAGAAGUGCGAGGACGUGGCCCGGCCCGCGCAGCGGCUGUGGGACUUCACCCAGAGUGGUCCCAUUGUGAGCCGGGACACCGGUAGGUGCCUGGAGGUGGAAAUGUCCAAAGACGCCAACUUUGGGCUGCGGCUGGUGGUGCAGAGGUGUUCGGGGCAGAAGUGGACCAUCAGAAACUGGAUCAAGCACGGGCGGCACUGACCCCCAGCCCCACCCCGCACCCCUCCCCUGAUGCAGACCCCGAGGACCUGGGGAAGGUGUCGGGCUCACCCGCUGGGCCAGGUGCCAGGACUCAGGCCCCUCCCCGCCUACCGCGCCACUGGACCCCAAAGGGCUCUGGCCAUGCCCUGUGCCACCCCCAGCCGGGACCUCGCCUGGGCUGCCCACAGGCCGUGUCCCUGAGACAGCGGGGGCCUCCCUGUGCACUCCAGAGGCAGAGGCCAGGGACCGGCCACCCCACCAGGAGCACAGAGCCUGAAGCCAGCUCCACCUCCAAAUCACGUGCCUUUUCUACGGUGUUCCAGUCCAGGCCGCCGGGACGGCCAAGUCUGCAUGUGCUGAAGCCCCCUGUCCAUUCCCCCCUCGCGGAAGUGACCCCCAUGAACUCAAGAGGGCGGCCGAGCUCCCGUCCGCUCCAGGCAGAACUGGGCCUCUUCCGUCUUCUGGCCAUCUAAGGCAAAACCCAGAACGCAGAGCAGCACCCUCCCCGAGGCUGGGGAGAGGGGGAGACAGGAGACGUGGCCGCAGUGGACCCCACGACGCCCCAGGCAGGGGAGACGAGGAGAUUGUGCUGCUUCCAUCCAGCACAGGGCGGAUCAAAUGGGACAGAGCGCAUCUCGUCCACCGGAGUCCCAGCUGCCGGGUCGUCCGGGGUCAGGGGCCCUGUUCUAGUGUCUCGCCCGGGGCCAGGCGCCUUCCCUCGUUGCUCUGAGGCAGGCGUCAGCCAACGAUGACCCACGGCCCUGCACCUGUUUUUAUAAAUAAAGUUUUAUUGGCACACAGCCACACCCAUCUGUUCCUAUAUUGUCCGGCGCAGCCUUGUUGCUCCAGGGCGGGAGCUGAGAGGCCGCACGUGCCCCACGGGGCUGUCCCAGGAGCUCCAAGAGGCCGUCUCUGGGCAGGACGGCGCUUAAUGAAGCAGCGAACGUUGCAGGGCCCUGGGAGGGAAGCCGGACCCAGUCCUGCCUGUUCCCGUCCCCCAUCAGACCCAGUGCCCGGCUGUACGCAGCCCCAGGGGCACCCCACCACUGGCCCCGGCCUGAUAUGACCAGCGUCCCCAUGCCGGCUGCACCUGUAAAGCACCUAGCUGCUCCCUAACUCUGGUGGAAGGCCUGGGCUGUCCGGUGACAGGACCCCGGGGCUGGGCUGGCUCACCCAGAUGCCAACUCCUGCAAACCCAACCGCCCAGUCCUCCCAGCGGGGGCUCCCGAUGCCCUUCAGGGGUCUCCCGGGGGCAGAAACCGUGGCCCCACGCGUGACUUCCCAUUCUUGUCGAGUUGCCUGGCGCCGACUGGCAGGCUUUCUGGACAACAGGGCUUCACUCAGGGGGCACGUGGGACUUACCUGUUGACCUUGUGCUGGGGCCAGGCAGCCCACCUUCCAGGGAGGGCCGGUCCAGGGAAAGCAUCACAGCCGACGCCCCCGCCGUGUCUCCUUCUGAAGAGGAGGGCCAUUCUGGGAGUGCUGGGGGUCUCAGCCCUGAGACAGCAGCUGUUCGCCCUCUCUUAGGGUCAGUCUCUGGGGAAGGUGGGGGCUCUGACCGACCCUCAGGGUCAGAGGGGCACGUGGGUUGUGCAUUCACUGUUCUCUGGCCCCAGAGAGACACAGUGAGUCUGCACCUCACUGUCCCCCAUCCCAGGCCCCUCGGCUCGUGGCCCUCCCCCAGCGCCCUGCCCCCUGGGCGCCACCCCACCGCCCCCUCCUCCCCUGCUCCUUGCUGGGCCCCAGUCCCUCUUGCUGUGGAAUCCCUGCCCAGCCCCAGCUUCUCCGCAGAGAAUUCCACCAGCUCAAACCCAAGGCCACCAAAGCCCUCUCUAUUUCUAUCUUCCCCAAAUUUUAAGACCGUAGUGGAGGCAAACGCCUGGCCAGAGUCCAUCUGUCGCCAAAGACCCGAGUACACACACCUCCAGAAGCUUCCAAGUGAAGGCGAGACACGUCGCAGACUUCGGCAGGCAAAGAGGACUGCCCGUGGUUUAAAAUGGGACGUGUCGCCACUCCAACGAUAAAACUCAUGGUGCUACAGUUCAUUAGGCAAACGGACAGUCCCACGGAAGCUGCUGGUUGUGGCCCCACAGCCUCAGGGACAACGGAGGUGUCUCGACCAAGCUCCUGUCCUCGUGGGAGGCGGCACCUUCGGAGAGCUUGCUGUCUGUCAGGUCCUGGCUGGCUCCGAGGACGCUGUCGCCGGGGGACGUGUUGCGAGGUGGAGGCUCUCUGUCUGCCGUAAGCAGGGGACAAAGCCGCCCUCUUCACGAGGGGCGGAUCACGGCGCUCUCUUAGCCCUUACCGCCUCGCGAGCAGCCCUUUCUCCGAAGAACCGCCCAGGAACCCGGGGGCACAACUCAAUCCCCAGAGCCCCAGCCCCACGCUGCUGCAGCUCCCUCCAGGUGCAGGCGCUGUGGACACGGUCCUGCGCAGUUCUGCGGUCACCGCGUGGCAUGGCCCUGGUCGUGGCGGGCUGGCGUCCCCACUGGUGCAGAUCCCUGUCUGUUCUAACACGUGGUGACACGCACUCCCCUGGGCCCCCACCACCAUCCGUCCACAGGCUGUCCUCAAGAGAACCCAGCCCCUGAGACCCUCUGACCUCCUGUUCUCGCUUCCUUGGCCUUAAAGAACAGUAACUCUUCUUCUUUGUCUGUGGUUGAGGUCACCCCGCUGUGCCAGGAAGGGUCCCAUCCAUCAAACAGGGCCUUGAAUGCAGGGUAUGGAUCACGUGAUGGAAGUGCCCAGGCUUUGAGGGGGGCACUGGGGCAUCCCAGGGACUCGCCUUCCAGCAGCUGAAAGGACCCCAGGAGCCGCGGCCACUUGAGGGGCUGGAGCUACAGAAGGAACAGUGGGAGCGUCCCUGCCAUCGGAGACCCCCAGCUUCCCACCCCGGCUCAGCCAGGGAAGGGAGGCAGGAAAGGGUCUGCCCACCGCAAGCUAGCAGCCAGGGCCCGUCUCAGAGCAGACGGACUUCCCCCGCACAGACGACCCACUUGCAAGGGUCAAUUUUUACAUUUUCAGGAAUUUUGUGAACCAAUUGUGAAAUACAGCAUUACUAAAAAGUAAAUUAUAUGGACCUACAAUUAAAAAUUACACUGAAAACAAAGGUAACAGUCAAAACUCACCACUUGCUAUUUAUUAGCACGUCAUUACGACCUGCGCUCUAGCCAUGGUCUGUCCUGGGGAGGAAGUGAGGGCGGCUCCGGAUGGCAGGCUGGUGGCUGGCAAUGGUCCACGGUGGAAAUACUCGUCAGCGGGAGUGGUCGGCACCACAAACCAGGGCGCGCUUUACAGAGAGCUCCUGCUGGACACCAAUCGGCACCCCUCUGUUUACGUUGUCCCAGCACCCCCCCCCGCCACACACAGUAUCUUCCCAACACAGGUGGUUCUUUUCAGAGCGAAGAAGGUCUCCAGCCAUGCAACCUCCUCUCCCCACCUGCCUGGGAAAGUGCUGGUGAGCAUUCUGGGAAGGAGGAGGAGGAAGAGGGGGAGGGAGGAAGGAAAGAGGGGAGAAAUAUGUUUAAAACUACAAUCCCACUUCCUCCUUGAAAUAAGCCUGGUAGUGCUGAGAACCUCUGUGCCCAUUUUACAGGUGGGGAAGCAGAGGCUCAGAGGAUGGAAGUGACUUGGCUGCAGGCACGCUCUCUCCCCGGGGCAGGUCCAGAGGCUCGUACUCAGAUCGGCUCCACCCUGCCUGGCUGCUGGGGAUGGUUUUCUUUCUUUCUAAACAACUGUCAUGUUCAAAUGGCAAAGAUACAAGCAAAUAGAAUUUAAUAAAACUUAAUAGCAGGCUCUCUUCUUCCACUAAUUCAGUUGUAAAUUGGCCGUGCCACGAAUUCAGAAAAAUCCGUGUUGUUUGUUUAAAACAGUUCAUUUGUAACCAAACCUAAUAAGCAGUCGUGGCUUUGGGCGGAGCUGUAAACACGCAGAUGCUUCUGAUGAGAGGCAGGGAGCGCACAGAGGUCUUUCCUUUCCUCUGCUCUUGACAGAGAUAAUGUGCAUCAGAACUUAAUUUUGUC